AUGAGGUCAGCAGCGUGGUUCGAAGCCAAACCCUCCCGAAUGUUCCUCCUCCUCUCGGUCCUCCUCCUCGGGGGCUUCUUCCACUUCCUCUGGAGAGCAGAGGCGUCCUCCAACGAGCCCUGGAUACCCGACCCCGGCGCCCGCCUCUUUGCCCAGCAGCCCCUUGUGCCGCCCGCCCCCGACACGAGCAUCACCACCUACUCCCUGCCCCUGCGCACCAGGGGCCGCGACAUUGUGGACGCCAAUGGCCGCCGCUUCCAGCUGGCCAGCGUCAACUGGUACGGCGCCUCCGACGAGCUGUUCGUCCCCGGCGGCCUCGACGUCCAGCACCGCUCCGUCAUUGCAAAGACGAUACGCAAGCUGGGCUUCAACAGCGUGCGGAUGCCCUACGCCGACGAGCUGGUCAUCCGCAACCCGCCCAUCCUGCCCCACCUGCUGACCGCGAACCCGGACCUGGUCGGCCUGCGCGCCAUGGACGUCUUCGAGGCCUGCGUGCGCGCCCUGACCGACGAGGGCAUCGCCGUCAUCAUCAACAACCACAUCACACACGCCACCUGGUGCUGCGGCGCCGACCCCUGCGACGCCGGCUGGGCCAACGACCACCUCGGCCCGCUGUGCCGCGUCAAGCAGACCGAGGAGGAGUGGAUACAACACUGGGAGGCCGUCAUGGCCCGCUUCCUCGACGACCCCUACGUCAUCGGCGCCGACCUGCGGAACGAGGUGCGCGGCGUCUGGGGCACCAUGUCGUGGGACAGGUGGGCCACCGCCGCCGAGCUGGCCGCAAACAGGCUGCUGAGGCUGAAGCCGGACUGGCUGAUGAUCGUGGGCGGCACCGAGUCGGGCAACGACCUGUCCGGGGCGCGUUCGCGGCCCGUCAGGCUCGACGUCCCGGAGAGGGUGGUCUACAGCGCGCACGUGUACGCGUGGUCCGGCUGGGGCAGCAUGGAAGGCCGGUUCUCGAGGCGGGCCUACCCUUCCUUUGUCAGGGCCAUGCAGGCGAACUGGGCGUACCUUAUCGAGGACGACAUCGCCCCCGUCUGGAUCGGCGAGUUCGGCGCGCCACAGCACCCCGGCCAGGGCGACGCCAACUACUGGGUCAACCUCUUGCGCUACCUCAAGGAGAUCAAUGCCGACUUUGGCUACUGGGCCAUCAACCCGCGCAAGCCAAAGGACGACAAGAAGGAGACGUACUCGCUCGUCGAGGAUGACUGGGUGACGCCGGUGCUGGACUACCGGAUGCGAGACAUGUCAGAGCUCAUGCGGGCCUAG